AUGGCGGCUGCCUUUCGCCCCGUCAACACUCCCAUGGCGGCAGAUCUCUCCAGGCAGGACAUGAUGGCUCCCAGAAGUACGACUCCUCGCCCCAGCACCGCGCCGCAGCCCCAGCAGCUCCAGCCCGCCGGCUCGUCGGACGACGGAAAGACGCCGACGCGAGCCACCUUCAGCAGCAUCAACAUGGCCAGCAAGAGGCCUCUGCCGCCGAGCUCGUUCCCUCCAGCUCCGCCCGCUCCUGACCCUCCCGAGAGCGCACUGCACCAUGACGGCUCCCAUCACUCCAAGUCGCCCAACAGAAGCUCGCUCGACGUCGACAUGGACGAGUCGGAUGGAGAAGGCGGCGCAGGCGAUGAUGGCGCCGGCUCCGACGACGAGAGCGUAAACGCCGACGGCACAAGAUCCAGCAAGAAAAAGAAGUCCCAGCGCUUCUUCUGCACCGACUAUCCGCCAUGUAACCUCAGCUUCACGCGAAAUGCUAGGAAACACACCGGAGAGCGACCUUUCCAGUGCCACUGCUCGAGGCGGUUCUCGAGGCUGGACAACCUAAGGCAACAUGCCCAGACGGUCCAUGUCAACGAAGACAUCCCCAUCGAUUCUCUAGCGGCUACCGGGUCCAGGUUCCAGCGUCAGAUAAGGACUGACAGAGUCCGUCAAGCCGGCAAUAGGGCGAGGGCGUCUACUGGCGGCAGCGCCGGCGGACCUGUCCGUGGACAUUCGAAAUCCCUCUCGACUUCGAGCAUUUCCAGCAUCGCCUCCGUGGCCUCGGCCUACAGCCCGCAGAAUGAUGCUCGUCGACGACCAGCCCCGCUCGUCAUGGCGGCCGAUCCCCGCUCCAGGAUGUCCAUCGAGUCGUACCGCAGUAGCACGGACAGCACCUUUUCCUACCGGCCCAAGAGCCCCGGUGAAUACAGCACGCCAACCUCUGCCACCUUCUCGACGGCCCAGAGCAGCCCGCGAUGGAGCGCAAGCGUGACGUCCCCGGUGGCUACACACUCGCGGUCCCAUAGCAUGUACGUCGCGGGCUCUAGGACGCCCGGUCGUCGGCUGAGCGUUCCGUCAGGCAGCAGCCCGUUCCAGUUUCCCCAGAUACCCCCGGGUCAGCCCGCAGGCCGCUCGCCCGUUGGGCUGCCGUUCAUGAACAGCUCCAACGCCGGGGCCUUUGUACCCCAAGGCGCGAAUAUUGUUGCGUCACCGACGUCUGGUGCGCCUUCUGCGUUCUCAGCCCGUCGAGAGUCGAUUGCCAGCACCGGCGAGGAGGCGUGGCGGCGGCGAACCUGGCACCCUGACAGCCGUAACCAGCUGAACGCUGUCCUCAGCCAGUCCACGCGGAUUAACCCCCCUCCCCCUAUUGCGAACCCGGCCGGACCUCCAGCCAACCUUCGCCUUCCCGGUAUUGAGUCCUUUGAUCCUCUUCCGCGCUCUACCACGCCGCCGAGGCGCAAGCCGUCUCCCAUGGCUGUCGACCCUGAACUUGGUCCUCGACCGCCGAUGAUGGAGGCCAUACCAGGUGACGAGAGGCGAAACCUCAACAUGUACGACGUCAGCCUGCAGCGCGGAUUGGGCCGUCUUGAUAUAGGACCCAAGACCCCUCCCCGCGAUAGCGCCGGCAUGUGGGCAUCCGAAGCCCACAAGGCGGUUCAAAACGUGGAACAGGCACGCCCGAACCCACCAGUUGUCCGAUUUCAAGAGCAGCCCAGGCCGAGCCAUAUGGUCCCCUCUUCAGCCGCCCCCAGUCGAUCCUUCCAUCAGCAUACCAUGUCUGCUCCCACCCUGGCUAGGGAGCCAAGGGGUCACGGCUGGUAUCCAGCUGCUCAUGGAGGCGGCCAUCAGGCAUCUCAGGACCCGCGGCACCAGCUUGUUGAGCGAAUGGUGCAUCCCAACUUCACCGGCUUUGCUGGGUUCCCAGCACGAGAGCCUCAGGACCAUCGACAGCAGCAGCAGCAGCAGCAGCAGCCACAUCCCCAGUAUCACCAGCAACAGCAGUUGCAUCAGCAGCAGAUGCAACAACAACAACAACAGCAUCAGCAACAGCAACAGCCCCUUCAGCAAGAUCGUCCGAGCAACCCCGACUCGCUCAAACGGCUCGAAGCGCUGGUAGCCGUUGCGACUAGUGAAGGCUCCACCACCACGGCUUACUAGACGGCCGACAGCUCUGCUCGUCUUUCCCCCUUCCUUUGCUCUUCCUGAACAGCGGCUCUUACAAGCGAGUUUGUGGAAACACACGAGACUGAACCUGGUUGAUAUAUGCUUAUACUCUUCGUCUUGAUGAAUCCGGCCAGAAUGAUGGAAAAAAACGGUUAGCGUUUCGAAAUGGAACGGGGAUGGGAGGUAUUCUUGCGCAGCCGGUACUGGCUGAGUUUGACGCACGACAUGACUGGAGUAAGUCAGGAGAGGUGGUGAUGAUUUG